GGGUUACUCCGGUCUGUUCAGUUUUACCAGUUCAUUUAAUAUUAUAAUGUCUAGCAAAUUGGAUGACUUUUUUUCUAAAAAAAAUAAGAAAACCAAAAAGAACCGUACAAUACUUACGUUGGCCGUGGAGGAUGAAGUGGAAGAAAAAUCAAGUCCUUCACCAGCAAAUGAUUCUGUUACAACCGAACCUCUUGCUUGGCUGCCAGAAAAUAAAGGAACUAAUAUAAUAUCUUCUGAAGAAUGGGAGGACACUGAUUCUACUCCUAAAGAUCUUAGUAGCUUGAAAAUUGCAAAUUUGAAAGAAAUAGAAACAUCAGCCAAAACAGUGAAUUUAGAUUUAAAAGUUGACUCGGAAGUACAGAUUAGCACGUGGCAAACUCCAAAAGUUCAGAAGGGAUCGGUUUCUUCUGUAAAUGCGCAGCAUUUUCCUACUUUAGAGGACGCCGCUAAUAUCUCGCAAACCUCAACCGAAAUUAAAAAUGAAACUCUUGAUUCAACAUCUGCACGUGACAGUGAUUUCCCACGAAAAUUUUCUUCGUUUGCUUCUUCUGGAGAAUUAAAAAUUAGUAUAAACAAUUAUACACCGCCAAUGGAGCCCUCAGCUCAAGAUAGGCCGAAAAUAAGAAGUUUAAUUAUUACUCCGAGCGGUGAUUGGACCACGAAAGAAAACACUUCAAGAACUCCUAUUGGAGAAGGAGAAGCUACAACGGCAUUUGGAGUCCGUGCUAGCACCGGACGAUAUGCCCAAUCAGGUUUCGUUACGUCUAAUUCGGCGGUCAAUGAAAAAUGGACUACUAGAGACUCCCAAUUUGGUUGGAAGAAAAAAUGAUAAUUCUCCUUUUG